AUUGUGGUGUUCGAGUCAGUUUGCGUGCAAUUAUUGAUGUAGUAAUGUUUUUUUGUCUUACCAUUUUUUCAUUUUACUUGUGUUCCAACAAUCUUGGAAUGAAUGGCCAUAACUGGCUAAACACAAAUUAGUUCAAGAUCCCAUUUUUAUCAUUUUUGGUCCAAAAUGGAUAAUUCAAAGUUAUAUAUGGUUCGCAUCCAUCGGAAAGAAUAAUCCUUCCGGGGAUUGAACUGUGAAGGGAAAAAUAGUUAUCGAGAUGGCCUCGCUGGGUAACUAUACCGCUGAUCGUGGACAUUCAACUAUUCUUCGACGUGAAAAAUGUGAUGCCUAUUUGCUUAUCCAUCUGGAAACUGUACUUGGUGAAGGCUUUCGAACGUUCUUGUACUUUUUGGGUCUUGCCUAUUGUUUUAUAGGAUUGUCAGCUAUAACUGCUCGGUUUUUCCGGUCCAUGGAGAGUGUUGUUAAGCAUAGUCGGACUGUAGAGACGAUAGAUCCUCUCACAAACACGAAAAUAGUCAAAAAUGAAAAGGUGUGGAAUUACACAAUUGCAGAUAUCACUCUACUAGCAUUUGGAACCAGCUUUCCGCAGAUCUCGUUGGCUACAAUUGAUGCAAUACAAAAUGUUGGAAAUUUGUAUGCGGGAGGUUUAGGUCCGGGAACCCUUGUUGGUUCUGCUGCUUUUGAUCUAUUUCCGAUACAUGCUGUUUGCGUUGUGGUUCCUAAAGCUGGAGAAUUGAAGAAGAUAUCGGAUAUUGGAGUCUGGCUUGUCGAGCUCUUUUGGUCGUUUUGGGCCUACAUCUGGCUGUAUAUAAUCUUAGAGGUGUGGACUCCAAAUGUUGUAACUUUGUGGGAGUCGCUCUUAACGGUGUUGCAAUUUGGGCUAUUGCUGAUACAUGCCUAUGCACAGGACAAGCGUUGGCCCUAUUUGUCCCUUCCUAUAGAAAGAGACGAGAGACCAGUGGAGUGGGUGCCUGUUGAGGUUGUUAAAUAUAGUCCUCUCAACAAGGUUCAUGAUCGACACUCGGAAGCAUCUCAAGUUGGCGAAGAAGAAAAUAGCGGAAUCGUUGAUAUUUUCUCCAUUCAUUCAGGAGAGGGGACAGGCCAUUUUUAUCAAAACUUAGCAGAUGGAGAUAUCACUGAAUCUUCCACCUCGAAUAGUGGCAAUAUCAUUCCUGAAGAAUCUGAUAUCGUCUCAAUUUGGAAACACCAAUUUGUGGAUGCUCUUAUGGAGGUCACGGGUUCAAGCCUUGGAAACAACCUCCGGCAGAAAUGUAAGUUGGAAAGUGCAGAAUCCCAAAAACUGAAUAAUAUAUACCUACGCGUUGCAAGAAUUUUCUGGCAGUCACUUCUUCUACCGUGGAAGUUUCUUUUUGCGUUUGUGCCACCGUAUCAGAUUGCCCAUGGAUGGAUUGCUUUCAUAUGCUCUUUGAUGUUUAUAAGCGGAAUAGCUUAUAUUGUAACAAAGCUCACCGAUUUGAUAAGCUGUGUUACAGGAAUAAAUCCUUACGUCAUCGCUUUCACAGCUUUGGCGAGUGGAACCUCGUGGCCUGAUCUUGUGGCCAGCAAAAUUGCUGCUGAACGGCAGCUUACAGCCGACUCUGCCAUCGCUAACAUUACCUGCAGCAAUUCGGUGAACAUCUACAUAGGCAUCGGCGUACCAUGGCUCAUCGACACACUGUACAACUACAUCGCAUACAGGGAGCCGCUACGAAUAGACAACGCAGAAGGACUAAGUUUCUCUUUGCUUGUUUUCUUCUCGACUUCGGUAGCCUGCAUCGGUGUUUUGGUGUUUAGGCGGCUUACUAUCGGUGCUGAGCUUGGCGGUCCACGAGUUUGGGCAUGGGUGACUUGCAUAUUCUUCAUGUUGUUAUGGCUUAUAUUUGUUGUGCUAUCUUCUCUCAGAGUUUCCGGUAUCAUAUGACAAUCUGAGUCUGAUGGUCGGAAAUCUCCCGAGGUAAGGGUAAGUUUUGCGUUCAUGCUACCUUCUCCAGACCCUGCUUGUGGGACUACAUUGGGUAUGCUGUUGUUGUUGUAUUGUAUAGAUAUAUGGAUAUUGAACCGAGACGAGCUUAAAUGGAUAUUGUAUCGUAGUUUCUUAUACUCAUAGUACUGAUGGUCGGAAACAACCUCGCUAUCUCCCGAGGUAGGUAUAAGGUCCGCGUACACGCUACCUUCUCCAGACCCCAAUUGUGGGACUACAUUGGGUAUGCUGUCGUCGUUGUAUUGUAUUGUAUUUUAUUGAUGGAUGGACUAAACCACUGUUUCGUAUACGAAACACAAAUAUAUAUAUAUGAGAAAUCAACAUUCAAAUCCUAAA